AUGCGGGGUGCGUGUAUACUCGCGCACUAUGCGCGCACACUCACCGACGCCGGUGGCGAGCACGAGGCUGGUGGACUCGAUGCCGGCGGGGUGCGUGUAUACUCUCGCGCACUAUGCGCGCACACUCACCGACGCCGGUGGCGAGCACGAGGCUGGUGGACUCGAUGCCGGCGGGGUGCGUGUAUACUCGCGCACUGUGCGCACACAUUCACCGAGGCCGGUGGCGAGCACGGGGCUGGUGGACUCGAUGAUGGCGGGGUGCGUGUAUACUCGCGCACUAUGCGCGCACACUCACCGACGCCGGUGGCGAGCACGGGGCUGGUGGACUCGAUGCCGGCGGGGUGCGUGCAUACUCGCGCACUAUGCGCGCACUCACCGAGGCCGGUGGCGAGCACGAGGCUGGUGGACUCGAUGCUGGCGGGGUGCGUGUAUAUACUCGCGCACUGUGCGCACACAUUCACCGAGGCCGGUGGCGAGCACGGGACUGGUGGACUCGAUGAUGGCGGGGUGCGUGUAUACUCGCGCACUAUGCGCGCACACGCUGCGAUGCGAUUCACCGAGGCCGGUGGCGAGCACGGGGCUGGUAGACUCGAUGACAGCGGGGUGCGUGUAUAA